AUGGCAUCGACUUACAGACCUCUUGAAGCGAUCCAGCUUCUGCGACCGACUUUCCGCACAGCGCGCUUCCCGCCUCCGUCUAGAGUCGCGCACAUCGCACCGUUUUCUACCACAUAUUCAGCACAUGCGACCCAUAGCUCAACGACGGCUAGCCCUCCACCGUCUCCCCGGCCUGCGCGGAGGACCGUGACCGUCACCAAUGACACAGGCGCCGUGCGAUGGAGCGACCUGAGCCUUGGAGAAAAGGCCGCGCGGACGACGCAACAGUCCUUCAACUUCGUCGUCAUCGCCGUGGGCGUUGUAUUAACCGGCGCAGUAUCCUACUACAUCUACACCGAAAUCCUCUCCCCCUCGUCCAAAACCUCCCACUUCAACCGCGCCGUCACGCGCAUCCGCGCGCACCCCGAAUGCAUAUCCCUACUCGGCGGCCCGGGGCCCCAAAUCUCUGCCUACGGCGAGCCCUCCUUCUCUCGCUGGGCGCGGAACCGGUUUAUUGCUUCCACUUCCGAGACGGAUAGAUGGGGCACGGAGCAUAUGCGGUUUAAAUUCUAUGUGGAGGGGAGUAGGAAUCAAGGGGUUGUGAAUGUGCAUUUGACGAGGAGGCCCGGGCAGGAGGAGUGGGAGUACCAGAGUAUGGUGUGUGAUGUUAAAGGGGAGAAGAGGGUGGUUGUUGAACAGAAGGAGGAGGUGGGGAGGGCGAAGGGGCAGGGACCGAAGAUCUUUGGCGCCAGGUGGUGGUAG